GAGAUUGUCGUGAGGAGUCUGGCCAGUGGGUGAGCGCUGUAAUCUGAACCAGCUGUGUCCAGACCGAGCCCCAUUUGCAUUGUUUAACAUACUUAGAAAAUGAAGUGUUCAUUUCUAACAUUCCUCCUGCAAUUGGUUUAAUGCUGGAUUACUGGAGCGGGCUAAGCAGAACCAGGUGCUCGCUCCGGGGGCUCUCCAGUGGCUCGGAGGACCCAGGCGCUCGCCCCUCGUGCUCCCCGCGCCGCGCUCGGCCCCUCUGGGACGGGAACCUCGGCGCGCCCCACGGGCCCCGAGGAGGCCGGAGUGCACGGUCGCCCCCAGGGUCCCGCCGGCGACCUCUUCGUCUUUUCCGCUUUUGCGUCUCCUCCUCGCGCAUCUCGGACAUGCCAGGACUAAAAAGGAUAUUCACCGUUACCAUUCUGGCUCUCUGUCUUCCAAGUCCUGGGAAUGCACAGCCACAGUGCACUAACGGCUUUGACCUGGACCGCUCGUCAGGACAGUGCUUAGAUAUUGACGAGUGCCGGACCAUCCCUGAGGCCUGCCGAGGAGACAUGAUGUCCAUAUCCAGCAGCUGCCCCACCGCUAUCAGCUCCCAACUACGCCACGAUCUCGAGGCCACUCAUAUGCCGCUUUGGAUACCAGAUGGAUGAGGGCAACCAGUGUGUGGGU